UAUUAUUUACAGUGCUUCACACAACCACACUGUUACGCAAAUUGUAACAUUAGUGUUCAGUCAAUGUUCAAGUCCUAACCUUAAGGCGAUGCUCCAGUAUUAUAAUUUCUAGUAUAGCCUUUUUAUUAGCCUGUCUCCUCUCUAUUUUGAGCUGUAAAAGGUCCAACUCAAGUUCACUCUUUUUAAUUUGCUGUUGAAGAUGAACCUUACACAGCUCCUUGAAUACAGGAAUACAUUAAAAAGGGAAAGAUUUUAUGCUUUAAAAUUAUAUAUUAAAUAUUAAAGCCAACUCUCUUCCCUUCGCUUAUGCAGCUGUGUUGCCUUUUCUAUAGAAAAUCGCUUCUAUUUCUCAUACGCCAGCAUUAAAACCUGACAAUGUCUUUAUUUUUACGCCGUGCACGUGCGUUAACUCUGGGUUACCGACAGGAGGUGCAUUAACCUAACUCUUCUCAGGUGUUUUGGAACCGACAUACUCAGGGUAAGCAGGUUCUGGGUUAAUCUACCCAGAGUUCGGGUUUUAGCAGAAGGUUAAUCAACCCCGUUUUCUGGAACUCGCCCCUGAACAGAAUAGAUUAAAAACAGCGGAGCUCCACUUUCUGACUUCCUUGUUCAGCUGCAGCGCGUCAUGAACGAGACGAGUGAGCGUCGAUCCGCACGGUCCGCACAACAGUAGACCGGAGUUCCGCGUGGCGGAGCUGGUCGGGGUGUGGCUCCGCCGGUUCCGCUGGUUCCGGUAGCUCCGCUAGACGCUCGAAGCGGCCGCCUCCCUGUGGACUCACGGUUCAUGUCGGACUGUCCGAAAAGCGCAGGACAACAAGGGGUCGUCACUCAGGACCAUGAGGAGAAGUUCCUUCCGGAGGUUGGGGAAUUUGUCGGUCGCGUGCUUCCUCGUGCUCGUCCUGUCCGCGCUGAUCUUAGUCGCUUCCCAGAGUAAACACGCCGCGGAGCCGAGCCCUCUCCCAGCGGAGGACCACAGGCUCCUGUCCCCUCAGACGUACCGGUACGUGCUCGACCAGCCGUCCGCCUGCCGGGACGCCGCUCCCUUCCUGGUGUUCAUGGUGCCCGUUGCUCCUCAUGAGGCGGCAGCAAGACGGGCCAUCCGGGCAACAUGGGGGGCCCCGGGUCACCGCACCCUCACCCUGUUCUACGUAGGGCUUCCGGAGGGGAGGCGGGCCCCCAGUGUCCAGGAGGCGCUGGAGGAGGAGAACCGGAAACAUGCUGACAUCAUCCAGUUGAACUUCCGGGACAGUUACCAGAAUCUGACCAUCAAGACCAUGAUGUUGAUGAACUGGGUGGCUACCCGCUGCCCCAACGCCUCGUACGUCAUGAAGGUGGAUGCUGACAUCUUUGUGAACGUGUUCUAUCUACUGAGGCGGCUGAGGCGCUCUCCUCGACGGGGCUUCAUCACAGGAUCGGUGAUAUCUGACGGCAAACCCAGGAGGGACAGGGACAGUAAAUGGGGCGUGUCAGAGGAGACGUAUCCUGAGCGCAGCUUCCCCCCAUACGUGUCUGGAGCUGGCUACGUCUUCUCUGCAGACCUGGCUGCCAGGAUCUCCUGGGCCUCCAGGUUCGUCCGGAUGAUCCCUCUGGAGGACGUCUAUGUGGGCUUGUGUCUGCAGGUGCUGGGAGUGCGACCUGUCUACUCCGUCAGCCUUCUGCCCUUCAGGAAUCUCUUUGAGCUGAGGAAGCUGGAGUACAACAGGUGCACCUACGCCAGACUCCUGAUCGUUAACGGGGUCCAGUCGUCAACGCUGCUCCAUUUUUGGGAUGACUUCUCCAAAGGCCACCGGAGCUGUUCACGCAGUGCCUCGCGUUAACUCUUUACAGCAACCUGCUGGUUGGGAACCACUGCUUUAAGCUGUUCCUCAGGUAGACGGCAGGUGACACAUAAAGAUGAAAAACUGUAAUGUGCACGUUUACAUAUUUCUCCAACAUGGAAACGCAGACGGCCAAAUACGUUUUGGUGAAUCAUCCAUUUUUCGUUCCUAGCUGGUUUUAUUCACAGAAGUGCCUUCAUUAGAAUCGCAUGGUGACGUCUGCAAAAGUAACUGUCAACUGGCCCGUGACAGUUGUUCAAACAGUUGCACAUCAGUAUAAGUGUCUUUUUGAAUCCUGUGUUCUACCACUGCAGCUGCACAGGGCUGCAGCAGGUCUGUAAUAGUCAGCACAUGACCUGGUGUGGGUGUGCAACCAAAGGCCUUUAAAGCUGACCUACUUCCUGUGCCUGGUGGGUGGGGGUCCGUCCAUUAUGUGUGUUGCAGUUCUCUGUGUCCACCAGCUGGUGGAAGUGUGUGCAUGUGCCUUAGAGGAGUCUUUACGAAACAGCAGGAAGAAUGUUUAAAAUAUAUGUAUUCAUUAGUCACGUUUUCAUUCUCAGUUUAACCUUUUUAUCUUUUGUUCACGAAGAAUCCAUAUAUUACGGCCUUCUAAAGCUUCACAGUUUGUCCUAAUGAAGGAUCAAGUGUUCAUUAUCUGCUCUGUGUGUGGUGAUACUGACAUUUUUACUGUCACUUAUUUAUUGCUGCUGAUUCUGCUGUUACGGCAUAAGCUCUGUGUCAUUUCUGUCCAGACACAGUAAAAGCAAUGGCUAAACAUAUUUCUUAAUUGUUGAGAUUUCUGUAUCAAAUAACCAGUGACAUGCAGCGUGUAUUAUAAUAAUUGAACUUUAUUGAUCCCACAUUUGGGAAGUAAUUGCCGAGGCGGGAGAUCGAGCAGCGGACCUUUUGCCUUCUGAGGCCGACGCUCCACCAACUGAGUAGUGAAACCUAUCUAGAAUCAGUUUAAACAACCUGUGCUUUAAUAUCAUUUUAGUAAACACUGUUAGUAACAGCGUUACCAGGUAAAUGUUCUCACUCUUUGAAUGGUGAUGUUUCUGACUCUUUAUAUGACGUUAAACCUUAUGACGCUGC